AGGAGACUGCAGAGGACAUAAGCGAGAAUGGGGAGGGUGAGAUAGAAUGAUAGGAGUGGUUGUAUAGCAGUCUUAGUCUAGCAACUCACUAUAUGCUGAUGAAGUUCAAGAGAAGGACUUACUUUAUUGUUCUCUCCCAACAAAAAUCUUGGUGCGAGCCGAGUGAAGACCUAUCAGUCUAUAGGAGGCUUGAUAUUACCUAUACAUUUAAGCCUGUUUACCAACAGUGAUGACAUAGCCGACAGGGAGGAGGUGAGGACCCUGGCGGAGUGGUGCCAGAAAAAUAACCUCUCCCUCGACUUAGAAAAACCAAGGAGUUUAUCGUAGACUACAUGAGACAGAAGACGGAGCAAGCCCCCAUCCACAUCGACGGGGCUGCAGCGAAGAGGGUCAAAAGCUUGAAGUUCCUUGGCGUCCACAUCACUGAGGACCUUCUUCACCACCGACACCGUGGUGAAGAAGGCACAACAGCAUCUUUACAACAUCAGGCGGGUGAAGAAUUACGGCAUGGCCCCUAAGACCCUCACUAACUUCUACAGAUGCACAGAUUGAAAACAUGUUGUCUAGCAACUGCACCGCCCUCAACCGAAUGGCUCUACAGAGGGUGGUGCGGUCAUCCCAACGCAUCACCAGGGGAACGCUACCUGCCAUCCAGGACAUUUACAGCACUCAGUGUCAAAAGAGGGCCAGGAAGAUCAUCAAGGACCUCAGCCACCUGAGCCAUGGUUUGUUCACUCUGCUACCAUCCAGCAGACAGAGACGGUACAGGUGCAUCAAAGCGGGGAUCGAGAGACUGAAAAACAGCCUCUACCUCCAGCCAUCACCCCAUCUCCAGUAAUGGGCGACCAGGAUGUUUAUGACAGAAUGUUUGGGUCCCAGAUAGACGGAGAGAUGGACAAGGAGAAAGAUGAAGGAGAAAGUGAAACGAGGGGGUUGGGGAAAGGCGCUCAGAGUUUCUGCCAGUUCUCGUCCUCUCUGCGUACUGUGGUUCGCAUCAAACAGAAGUACCAGGCCAUGAAGAAACGACGGCUGGAGUUGGCCGGGCUGGGGGGAGGAGGGCUAGUGUUAGGGGCUGGUCUCCACACUGGUGCCCCUGUUCGCAGCAGCCCCAAAAUCUUCACCUUCGAGACCCCCUCCAGCUCCCCCUCUGCCUUAUCGUCGCUCUUCCUAAAGAUGAAGAAGAAGAAGUCGCGGCGGGUCAUGUUCCCCAGUGGAGGGGGGCGCAAGGCCCCCGUCGUACAGGAACACAGCCGAGCAAAGAUCUGCCUCUUCCUCCUCUGCACCAUCCUCUUCUUCCAGGUGUAUAAUGCCAUAGAGAACCUUGAUGACCAUGUCCUGAAGUAUGACCUGGGGGGAUUAGAGAAGACUCUGUGUAGGGAGGUAUUUGGUCAGCAGGGAGCAAUGGAUGCUCUGUUAGCCCAGCUCAGAGACUACCUCUCUACCUACGUCCACAGUAAACCCCUGGUCCUCUCCUUACACGGACCCAGUGGCGUGGGGAAGAGCCACGUAGGGCGACUCCUGGCUGGCCACUUCCGCUCGGUGGUAGGCGAGCCCCUGGUUCUACAGUACUUUGUGUUGCACCACUGCCCCCUGGAGGACGAAGCCUGGCGCUGCGCCCGAGCCCUGUCGAUCUUAGUGUCAGAGACAGUGUUGAGAGCAGAGGAGGAGGAGAAAAUUCCUCUUUUCAUCUUUGACGAAGCAGAGCACCUUUACCCAGAGCUUCUUGAUGCAUUGAGUGACUUGGUCCGCUCAAACCGCUCCAACGAAUACCUGAACGCAGUCUACCUGUUCCUGAGCAACCAAGGACACACCCACAUCACCAUGCACCUGCUGUAUAACUCCUCCAGCGACUCCAUGAUGACCGCAUCUGGACACCACGGCAAACUCGUCAAGGAGCUGAAUCCGAUGUUGCGCAACACUCUGGUGAAGCUCCACCCACUGUGGGCAGAAGCUGAACUCUUACCAAUGACCCUGCUGGAGAAAGGUAAUGUGAUGGAGUGCUUCCUGGAUGAGAUGACAAGGGAGGGGUUCUACCCGGACCGUACCAACGUUGAGAGGCUGGCGGGGGAGAUAGAGUACUACCCUGUGGUAGGGGGCCACGUGUAUGCCCGGACAGGUUGUAAACAGGUGGUUGCUAGGGUCAACCUGCUAUGAGAGACUUAGAACUGCAGGGGAAUGUUGUGAUUAGAUGAGAUGUCUCCUGAGAAAAGACAGUUCUGGUCUAUUUCCAUCCUUUUGGUGUUUCUUAUGAUCCACCAAGCAAACAUUACCAACGUUACAAGCCAGAACCCAUCCUUGAAAAACAUUUUUAAAUAAAAAGGUAUAUGUCUGAGAAUGAGGAGUAUCUCCAUGACGGCUAAUCAUGUUUUCUACGUUCUGUAACUGAACCUCCCAAACAAGACCCUUGAUUACUGGAUGAAUAGAUAAUUACCAUUUUGGUAUGAGAGGGAAAAGAGGUGAUGUUGAGAUAAUAUCCUAGCCUGCACAUGUACAGAGUGAAGUCACAAUCAGAUGUUAUGGUGAGACACGGCUGUGCCCUUCUCCCACGAUGCUGUUAGUCAAAAUACUGACGGUAAUAGACAGACCCACUCCUGAUAGAGGACAAGAGAAGUAAUAUAUGACUGGACCAAAUUAGUCUGGCUGUGGCAUUGACAACAGCAGAUCAGGAAAAUGUAAUGCAGUAUUUGAUGCAUUUUGUGAACAAAAAUAAUGUAUUGAUUAAACUAUCAUCCUGUCUAAAUGAUUAGUCUGUCUGGUCGACAGUGACCAAGGGUUUGGGACAGACUGCAGAAGCAGAUUUCUCUGGAAACCCCAGAAUUAGACAUUCUAAAUACAUAUGGAAACUAUUACAACAACCAAAUACUGCAAUUAUCACUACUAUUCUCACUUCAGCGUUAAUGGACAAUGAAAAUAUCUUCUGAGAAACAGAAAACGACAUGAUCAAGUCAAGGUGUUUAUUUAUUAGAAUUCCAUUACUUGAAGUUGGAAAAAAUGUGGUACUGUGUCUAAACACACAAAAUCAAAGUGAUUCAAUGUCAACAAAUGGAAAGAAAACAAAGAUAAAUGGAUAACUGGUUUAUGACUUGGUAAAGGAAACAGUUGAGUUCCACACAACGGCCUCUGACAUGAUUCCUUCAAGUGUUUUCUGACUGGAGGAGUGGUGAAACUAAGAGGAGAAUAUGUAUACUAUGUACAGAGAGUGGGAAUGACAGGGAGUGUUGAUUGGCUCCCAAUGGGACCAAUGGCAGCCAGGAAGGGGUGUCGGUCCAAAGUAGCAUGAGCAACAACAACAUUCUAGAAUGGCACCAAGACACUCAUUUUAGAACAGACUAAAUGAAAUCCCUGAACAGAAAUUCUAACUCAUGAGUCGCUCAAAAUACUCUCAAAUAGCGCCAUGUCCACGUCCCUCUUCACGUGACCACAGAUCUUAACUAGAUAGAUGAAAGCAACACUGUAGAAAUGCCACCUAUUCUAACCUACUGGAAGAUUCCACCAUAUUAUUUUCACCUACCAGCUUGCAUAUACAGAAGCGUGGCAACCGAGCAAAGGAGAGGAAAAUAUUUCAGUGUUUCGGGACACAUGUAGAACUGCAUUCAGCGGACGAUACUAAUCUUACUGAAACUCUCCUGCAGACUCCCCUAUUGUUCAGUGGUUACAGUAACAGCAGAUGGGAGCAGUGGUCAAAUGGUGGAUUCCUUCUCAAGGUU